ACAGUCAGACUUGUUGGGGCUUAUUCAAGUCAUGAUUGUGGUGUUUGGAGAUGAACCUCCUGUCUUCUCUCGUCCUACUGUUUCAGCAUCCUAUCCACCAUACCAGGCAACAGGGCCACCAAAUACUUAUCAAGUUAGUGGAUUUUUUGGAGGUAUUCUGAGGCCCCACAUCUGCAUGUACAGAUUCCCAACAAAGACUGGCAUUUGGGCUUUCGUUUCUUCCUACAUGCCAGGCAUGCCAAGUGGGAUUUCUGCAUACCCAUCUGGGUACCCUCCCAAUCCCAGUGGUUACACAGGCUGUCCCUACCCACCUGGUGGGCAGUAUCCUGCAACAACAAGUUCCCAGUACCCUUCCCAGCCUCCUGUGACCACUGUUGGUGAGUACCCUUCAAAACUGUGUUUCUACUCAGAAGGAAAUUCAGUCUCCUGUUGUGAAAAGUGCAUUUCACUUUUCUUUUUAUUGAUAAGUUUGACAUGUAACGUUGUGUAAGUUUAAGGAGUGCAGUGUGUUGUUUUGAUAGAUUUAUGUAUUACAAUGUGAUUGCAUUAUAGCAGCACUAAUUACAUAAUUACUGUGCACUGUUAUACUCCGUAUCCAUUAUACAGUGUGUUAGAGCGCUGUGGUUUACUGCUGCUGCUGUUGCUGGUUAGCCACUCAGUCGUGUCUGACUC